AUGGACCCAACAGACGAGAAGGCGGCAUUGGAGAAGGAGACUUUGGGAACGCAAGAGCAAGCAGAGGCAGACAUUCGCGUAGAGCAACCACCGGAAGACAGCCGCGAUGCGACAUCGAGCGACCCCGAAAAAGAUGCCAUUGAGAAAGAGACGGAAACAGACACAUCGACACCAGAUCCAAAACGUUUGAGUGCUACACUCGACGUGGAGGGCCGAGCAAAACGAGAAUCGAUCGAGUCCAGAGUAUUCGGCAGCGUACGCGAUUCUUCCGUCCUUUCUGACAGCGAUUUUGGAGACUUCGACGAUGCAGCGACGCGGCCUUCUGAUAUAUCGCCGCAGACGGCGGAGCGUCCUCAACACAGCCGUGGAGAGACGACGGCAUCCGCCAUAUCUGCGAUAUCGCGAAGAAGCGGAAGAAGUCUGCCACCUUUGCGACGCAAAGAAACAAAACUGGCGCAAAAGGAGGCUCAUCCAUGGCAACAUCUCGGCAUCACCUUGGGCUUGCCAAUGAUCCUCCUCUUCGAUCUGGUGAUCCCUUGCAUUAUCUACUACACCUGGUACAACAACCACAGAGACAAAUGGCGACGUCAAUGUAGGGAGCAGUAUCCAGAUCGCGAAUGUCCCAUUCCCAAGCCAGAGUACGACAAGGACAUUCUAGGCUAUGCCAUCAUCUGCUUCGGAUUUGGCGAGCUUUGGAUCCUAGUAGCCCGAGUUUGGAGGCUGUUCUUUCGGCGGGACGAGUGCGCGCCGCUCCUCUCUCGAAGCCGAUGGGAACUGGACGCGACAUCGUGGGUUUAUGGUGUUGCGAUGAUCAUGGCCUUGAUUCCUUUCGUGGUUGGAUCGUCCCUGGAGCUCCCUCACCUGUACCUGUACUCGCCUACCUUCAUCAUGGGGUUCCUGGGGAUUUUGAUGGUAAUCACAACGUUUGUACCAUUCAAAAUUCCGAUCGGAAUCAACUCGCAAGCUCGAGGGACGCGGUUACGUCCUUUUAUCUAUUACGCGGCAGAGGACUUCAUGGCCGUGGAUGGAUUGCAGGACCGUGAAUUUCGAAUACGAUACAACGAGCGAUACGAGAGCAACUCGAUGUUUCGACGAUUCUUCCUGUAUCUGACGCUGUGGUGGCUGCUGGGGGUCUGCAUAUACAUUGGAUGCGUGUCGGCGAUCAUCUGGACGCUGGAGUUCCAUUACGCGUUUGGUGCGUCGUUCGGCGUUCUGUUCUCUUAUAUCGCUAUAUGGGCUAUCGUGACGGCAGUAUGGGUGAAGCUAGAGAUGAAACGAGAGCAUCUGGCAUAUGAGAACGACGAAAUAGAACCGUAG